AUGCCAAAAUCUUCCUCAGUCUCUCACCCUCGUCCGACCGCAAACGAACCACCUCGCAAGCGCGCGAAGCUAGCUCACGAAGACCUCACCGACAAACAUCUUAACCCGGCCUCGCAUUCCACAAACACACCAACCCCUCCAAUUCCCACGCCGACCCCAGAACCCCAACAGAUAACCUCCAACGAUCUCAUGAUGGCAGAAGCUAAACCCGGCGCAACAAACACCUACAUCCCUCACGCCUCCCUCGAGCCCAUCACAACCAAGAUCAAGAGACUGCAAAGCGACCUCAGCAGCGCAGCGACAGGCCAAUGCUGGGGGCCAGGCAAACAGAAAGUGUUGGACUGUAAACACGAUGUCGAUGCUUUGGCGGUCAUGGUCAAGGAGCUAGAUCUCGACAGUGUCCCGCGCAAGCAAUCUCUCGACAUGCUGAUGGAAGCAAGCAUCGAUCACCUAUUCGACAGAUGCGUCAGCAAAGCCACCGUGAUAGUCGACAGCAACACCAGACAGGUGAUCAAAGACGCUUUUGAUGGUAUGUCAGGUAUCUCUGGCAGAAGUGCCGCAAAAGCUGCCAUCAAANAAGGUCUCGACACUGAACUCGACGUGCUUUUGAACUUCGAGGCCAAGUUUGUGCGACACUCCAAUGAGGCCUUGGCCAAUGCAGUGGCCAACUUGGUGGCCGAGAGGAGAAGACGCUCUGUGUUGAAUCAUCUGAACGAGCAUAUGAAA